UAUGAUGUUCUAACUUUCUAAGUGAAUACAUAGGUCUCCUUUCCUAAUUCUUCAGUUUAUUCAACGCUUUUAUUUUGAGAAAUAAUAUUAUAUUCAAAGUAUAAUGGAUGAAGAGGGAGAGAAUAUUUUGCUUGAAGACAAUUAUUAUCAGUUGCUCAAUAUCUCCAAAACAGCCACUCCAGAGGAGAUAAAUAGUGCUUAUAGGCGAUUUUCGCGCAUGUUUCAUCCCGAUAAACAUAGUACAGAUCCAAAUAAACAGAAAUGGGCUGAACAAAUAUUUAAUAAAGUUAAAGAGGCCUAUGAAGUACUUUCUGACUCACACAAAAGAGCAAUAUAUGAUACUCUAGGUAAGAGAGGUUUAGAAGUAGAUGGGUGGGAAAUUAUUUUCCGUACAAGAACACCAAAGGAAAUAAGAGAAGAAUAUGAAAGAUUAAAACGCGAGAGAGAAGAAAGGAGACUGCAACAAAGUGCAAAUCCCCGGGGCACACUUACAUUGUCUAUCAAUGCAACUGAUCUAUUUAUGAAGUACUAUGAUGAGUAUGAAAUCAUUGAGGAUUCUACCUUCAUACCUAGUAUUGAAGUUUCUGGAAUGACUAUUCAACAAUCUAUUGAUGCACCAGUGACACUACGUAAUACAGCAACUCUAUCAGGAAACAUUUCAACACAAAAUGGAAUUGGCUCUGGAUCCAUGAACAUAACCAAUAGACAUUUAACUUCAGAGAGAGGAUGGACUGAGGUGGAAUGUGGCAUUGGAAAUGGGCUCAUGUUAGGGUUCAAGAUAUUUAGAACCAUAUCCAGACUUAUGUUUGUUAACUGCGGCACAGGACUGCAGUUCUUGCCACAAGGGGUCAUACCAAAUCUUGUUACAACUAUGGCAUUACAACUAGAUGCCCAUUCCGUUGGCUAUUUGACAUAUAGAGCUGGAGGGCAAGGUGGCUCAUCUAUGACUUCAACUUACGUUCGAGAUUCUGAGAAAUAUCACCUCAACUCUGCUGUACAGAUUGGAAAUCCUCAUUCUUUUAUUUCAUUCAAUAUAAUGAGAAAGGUACCACAGCACGACAUGAAACUGAGACUGGCCUUGAAGUUUGGCACUUUUGGUGCGAUCGCAGAGUAUGGCGCUGAGAAGAAGGUAUCCCAGAACACUUGCGUGUCUGCCGCAGUUAUGUUAGGGGUUCCCAGUGGAGUUAUGCUAAAACUAAAAUGGUCCUGUGCGUCGCAAACUGUUGUAGUGCCAAUACACUUAUGCGAGGAAGUAAUACCAGCGCCGGUUUUCUACGCGUCAAUAGUUCCUAUAGUGUCGUGGUUGGUUCUCAAGAAGUUGUAUCUGGACCCAGUCGCGAGGGAACGUAGAGAUAGGGACCGGCAGCGAUCUAUGGAAGCUAAUUUUGAAAGAUUGCAAGAAUUGCAGAGGCAAGCACGCGCCACAGUGGAACUUAUGAGAGAGACCUACUCAAGAAUUAGAAGCAAUGAAGAGAAAAAGAAGGGUCUUGUUAUACUGCGUGCAUUGUAUGGAAAGUUGCCUGCAGAAGCGAAUGAUCAUGAGACAGUACCGGAAGAGACAGGUGACAGCUCAGAAGCAACAAGUCCCUAUGGGGAGGUGAUUGAUGUGACAAUACCUGUACAGUGUCUGGUUAAGGAUUCAAGACUAGAGCUACUUGAUGCCAGUAAGUCUGAAUUGCCCGGGUUCUACGACCCUUGCGUUGGCGAUGACAAACAUCUGACAGUGCGUUACAUGUUCCAUAACAACCUGUAUGUUUGCACUGUGGCGGACAAAGAAGCUCUUAUGUUGCCCAGGAACACUCACCGAAUAAAAAAUAGUUCCUGAUUGCAUCGACGCGCCAAGAACAGCUGCCACAAGCUGUCGACGGCGCCUGGGGGACGAGCGAGCUAGAGUUGAAGCCAACUUUUAAAGCAAAACCAAAACCAUUGAAUAUAAAUUUAAUGCUAAUUACAAUUGAUUGAUUCUUCUAUGUAAAGGUAGGUAUAUAUAGUAGCUGUUCCCGCAUCAAUCCUAUUUUAGUAUUGUGGAACUACUAUAAUACAUAGUCUGGAUUAUAUUGUAAGGUAUGACGGUGAUUUUUAUUCUAAAUUUAAAGGAUAUGUAACUCAAAAUAAUAUAUAUGUAAAAAAUAAUGGACCUGUUUUCGAAAUGUUGUUUUUGUGUUUUUCCGAGACCAAUGAAACACUGCUCAAUAAGUUAAUUUACAAAUUUUAACGACGUGUUCUCAAAUUUACAAAGCCAUAUUUACUUUAUUUUUGUGUAUAUAGUAAAAGUACAUUGUUCACCAAGGGCAAAAUGUAAGUGAUUCCUAAUAAGAAUGCAAUUUGUAGGCGCGGGGCUAAUCUUAGGGCCUCAAUACUUGCUUGAUUUGGAAUUAUGCAGUUCUUUGUACUACACUUACUUGCAAAUUUAUAAGAGGGUAUUAUAAAUUUUAUAAAUUGUACGCGAAAAUGUAUUCGAAUUUUACAGCCUAUUAAAAUAUUACCAUAUUAUAUGCCAGUAUCAUUGCUAUAUAUGCUGUCAAAAUAGCCAAACAAAGAAACAUAAGUAUUGGAUUUUCAUACACUUUUUCUGUCCGCUAAAUAAUGGUACAAAUAUAUUUAAAACGCAUAUCUUCUGCCCACAUUUUUCUAUUAAAGACACUCUCAAAAUGGGUGAAGUAUGAAAAUAAUAAUAAAUUUUGUUUUGAAAAUGAUGUGUGGUUCUAAGCACAACGAAAUAUCAGAAAUUUUAUGUGAAUUUUGAAAUUAUACAAAACACCAGCCAAAUUCAACAAAAUUGAAUCAUGCUCAGAUUAAGCUUCAUUAAUGUCUGUAGUUAUAUAAUAUUCUCUAAUCUCUAUUUAAAUAGAUUUAUUUGUCAAGGCCAACUAGGCAAGCCUUCGCAAAAAAAAUAUUUUCAAAAAUUUGUUGUGGAUUUUAGACAUUUUUGUGCUUAAGUCGAGAUAUCCGUUAUUAUAAUAGUUAUAAAUAUCAGUUAUUAUAUUUGUUUUGUCAUCAUUACUAUCUUAUACUUUCUCUCGACUGUCUAUAAAAUUGUAAAUUGCAAUCAAAAUAUACAAAACAAACUCCAACGCGUCAUACGGCAUUAACCAUAUUAUAAUCUAUGGUAAAUAUCUAGUUAUUUUCACUUUAAUAGUUUAAUGCUAUUACUCUUAUUAUUAUAUUACUUUAAAAUAGUUUUAUAGACUUCAGGUUUUUUAUAUACAUUUGAUAAUUUUAAUAAAAAAGUGUGUGUGUACUUAUGUAUGCACGCAAGAAGUUAUACUUCUUUGGCCUAAUCAAAAAUCAUUAAAAUGUUUUAUUCCUCGUGCUAUUCUACGUUUUUAGAAAGAACAAUUUUGUAAAAAUUUUGCAAAGAUGGUUUUGACAGUUAAUUAUUAAAUAAUGAUUACGGCUGUAUGAGAUUGAACCCUUUGCCUGUCGUAAUAAUUUAUGAAAAAACCAAAAUAAAAAAAUAACGAAUGACGCAAAUGUCAGAAAAUUUUAGGAACAAACUUCAUCCUGUUACUUUUGUGUUACAGUGCUUUUAUAAAUUUUUCAUAUCGCGCCUAAAGAAGUAUAACUUCAAUAAUAUGUUUAUUAUAUGCUAUAACAUUCUGUGUAGAUAAAAACGCUUUAAAAUAUUAGUUAUAAUAUGUAAUUAGUUGUUCGGGUAAGAAGUAGGAGGAGAUUUUCUCCCCGACUAUAUUUACCUUUCGCUUACUGUCGCAGUUUAAAUCCACACUCGCCCGUAUUAUACUAAGUAGGUUAAUUUGUUAUUUAUGUAAGAUCCAUUUAUUAUUAUGUUAUCAAAUGUGUAUAAAAUACAGCAGUAUGAGCCCAAUAUUUAUGUAAUUCUGCUUCGCGACUGUAGCACUAAGCAUUAGCAAAUGAGUUAGUUAUCAGGUUGUUAUGUUUGUAGGAAUUUUUAAAUGUUUAUUUAAAUUUAAUUAAUUUUUUUUUGGGCUGGGAGUAUAAGGUAAUGUUUAAUUCGAUGUUGCAGAUGGGAUAUUUAUUGUUACAUUCCCAAGACUAGUUAAACCAUGAUACAGAAGACUCCGCUUAUAAUAACAUCGAAGGGUCACGAUAGUUUGGCAAUAAUAAACUUAGACCAUACUUCGCAUAAAGGUAAAUACUUUACAAAAUAAAAAUCUAGGUUUAUCAGUCCGUUAGCUAGUUAUUAAUAAUUAUUAAUAAUUUUAACAUUAUAUGUGGCGCAUAAUAGCAAAAGAAAAGUGGGAAAGACCCAACAUCCAGUGAACGUAGAAGAAAACAAAUAAAAAACCAAUGCUAGUCACUAUAAUCAAUUAAUAUCUUUAAAGUAGUUCAUUUUAAGUGGUAUCUCGUUAAAAGAAAAACUAACGUCGUAUUAUUAAUGCAUCAUUAUAACCGGACCGUUAAAUUUCAUAAUUCAAAAAUAUCAUUAUAAGCGGAGUCAAAUUUCGCAUAUGGUACUGUAUUGUGAUUGUAUACGUUGUUUAAUUUUGUUUAUUCGUUCAUGGAAAACUUGGAAAAGCGUUACUCGUUGUGCUUACGAUUGACACGCUCAGCAUUGCCACUUCUAUGAUGUUCCAUUGUGUGAUGUGGACUUUAGGUAAUUAUCAAUAUUUCGCCACAUUUGCGGACAAUUUGGAAAUAUUUAAAAUAAACAUCUCUGUCUACCGUCAUUUUUUUCUUGUAUUUUAUUUUCUUAUACGAUCUCGUAGUCGAAUGAAAGUCGCAAAUCAGUUAAUCGAUAAAUAAAUAAAGUAUUCCGCAGUCUUCGCCAAUUAGAAUGUAAUGAAAGACGACAUUUGGCUAAUCAAAAAUUAUUAAAAUGUCUGUUUUUUUUCUAAAUAUAUACUUGUGUUGCCAACCUACAACGAUAUCCUAAUAGACUAAUUUAAAUUUAGUGAAUAACAGCUAAAGCUUAAAGUAGCGUAAGUAUAGCUUCAAAGCGCUUAAACAUCUCACGCGUGAGGGAUGAUGAUAGGGACCUAUUGUCCCACGUAUUAUAUUUUUAACGCUGGGCUGGUCUUUUCGACUAUUGGUGGGCUCGAGCAGACCAACAGACAGAGCGACAAGCGAACGGCAUUGACGUUGCACAUUUCUGGUUCAGUCAAUUGAUUUAGUCAAUUCAACUAGAACUUGAAUAGGAUUUCCUUUCUUCGACAUCUCUAUCAUCAUUUGCAAGAUAAGAGCUUCUGGGGCCUCCAGUUGAUUUUCUAGACUCAAAAGCCUCUUGUUUGAAACAGCGUAAGUACCGUAGAUACUGCAUUUAUAAAGCCGUGCAUAUCUAUAUUUUCCCUCCAUCAAAUCGAGGUUGAACCCGCCAUGUUUAUACGGUUCCAUAAGGGAACCAAAUAGUACCGACUGCUGCGUCCACAAAGGUGAUAAAGACUUAUCAGAUGAGCAGACAACUCUUACCAAUUACUUAACGUGACAAGCAUUAUGGUGGUGUUUGAAAUUUCCGGAUUUCAAUAACCCUUUACGGCACUGUAUUUUGUUAGGCUGCGUGUAUCAAUUAUUAUCUGGUGAACAUAUUUAUCGCCUCGUCACUCAUAAAAAAUCGUCUAAACUAUUUAUAGGAAACGUACGGGAGUUAUUUUUUCAAGUUUUAUUUCAAAGAUUAUGUCGGCCAUAGUGUUUUUUCUAUAGAAGCCUUUUCUUCCUUGUAGAAUAAAAACAAAUUAGUUUUAUAAACAUUAGUUCAAUAUUGGCUAGGCUAUUAAUUAUAGUUAUUGUAAAGCAUUCCGAAAAUGCUAAAACAACGCUGUAGUGUGCUCUUAUUGUUAAUGUUAAAUGUUAAAUGAAAUUUAUUCUUGUAUUCACACAAAACAAAAUUAUAUAAAAAUAUAGUAUCUAAUGCCCUAAAGUGUGGUCACAGCAGAAAUAAUUUCGUAGUGGCCUUUUAGGUGUGAUGGAAUCAGGUUUUUAUUUACUUUUAUUGUACCCUGUGAAAUAUAGUAGUAUAUUAGUGAGUCAUAUCACUGUGUCUGAAAUUAUUUCUGCGGCGUAACCACAUUUUCAUUUAUAUUUUUGACAUAUUAAAGUUUCAAGCGGUUUAUUAUUUAAAAUUAUUUCUAUAUUGUUUCACACUUACAUCAGGUAAGUGUCGUGUCGUGUACCUAAUUGUAAGUCUUUGGCCUCGAUCAAAUAUGUACUAAAUUCAAAGUAAUGACAAAUUUGUCACACACAAAUUUGUGACCAUAUUAAUUGUUUUUGUUUGGACAAACCACAGCGGCGGUACAGUCGCUUAAAGCUUCCGGGUUCUUUUAAGGAUUGCGAAAAUGCGAAUUGCAGUAAGUAUAUGUCUGUUUCUGUUUUACGUUACUUAACAUUGUAUUUUCAAUCCAAUAUUUCGUCGUCUGACCACUGUUUAAAGGACGAAUUUUCUUUCUACACUAUAAGCCCACUGACGUACGAUAUAAUGGACAUAAGUCAAGACCAAUCACGCUCAAAAAGUGUCCAAGAGAAAAGACUGCUCAAUACGUAUAGUGGGCGUGCAUUCGACAUUGCACAAUAACAGUAUAGAGUCGUAGAUAGAGUGGUGAAUCUUUUAACCUUUCCAAUACAAUAUUAACUAUACUUGUAUGCAACAAGGUUGAGACACUUAUUGGUUGCGUUUUCUUUACUAUUGUUAACCUAGCAAUAGCCUCGUAUGAGACCAAUCCCACCGUUCAAAGUAUCGCGGAAUAUUAGGUCUAUGUUCAUAACGAACUCUAGACGAAACUAAACAUAAACAGCCAUUAAAAAGGUUGAUUUUUAUUGAUAUACUUUUAUAAUAUUACAAUACGUUCGUAUUGACAAAUAUUGUAGUUGAAGGUCUUUUGAUUAAGUUUGACUCUACCAUAUUGAACGCUGAAUCUAGUAUAUAUUUGAUCGAAACUCUCUUGUAUUUAAUUUCUAGCUCAAUAUGAAGAAAAUGUAGCAUUUGUCUUUAUUGUUGAAAAAUAAAAAUAUUUGUGUUUGAUGAAAAAUAAAUGUCUUAUAACUUCA